AUGGUUCUCGCUGAAGAUCUCCUUAACCCUGCUCCCGCCGCCGAGGCCAGGAAGCACAAGCUUAAGACCUUGGUCCCUGCCCCGCGCUCCUUCUUCAUGGAUGUUAAGUGCCCUGGAUGCUUUAACAUCACCACUGUCUUCUCGCACGCCCAGACAGUCGUCAUCUGCGGUUCUUGCGCCACCGUUCUCUGCCAGCCUACCGGUGGUAAGGCUCGCCUUACCGAGGGUUGCUCUUUCAGGAGGAAGUAG